AGUUUUGUUGAUAAAAUAAAAUUUAGCUGAGACGUAGCCAUGAGUACGAUUCUGGAGAAAAUUUCGGCCAUCGAGUCGGAGAUGGCACGCACGCAGAAGAACAAGGCGACAUCGGCGCAUUUGGGUCUGCUAAAGGCGAAGCUAGCGAAGCUUCGUCGUGAGCUGAUCUCCCCCAAAGGAGGCGGCGGUGGCACUGGAGAAGCCGGCUUUGAGGUGGCCAAAACUGGAGAUGCACGAGUGGGUUUCGUCGGCUUUCCUUCAGUGGGAAAGUCUACGUUGCUAUCGAAUUUAGCCGGAGUGUACUCGGAGGUGGCCGCCUACGAGUUCACAACCCUGACGACGGUGCCUGGAUGCAUCAAGUACAAAGGAGCCAAGAUCCAGCUGCUUGAUUUGCCCGGUAUCAUCGAGGGAGCCAAGGAUGGCAAGGGUCGAGGUCGUCAGGUGAUUGCUGUGGCCCGUACCUGCAAUCUAAUCUUCAUGGUCUUGGAUUGCCUCAAGCCGUUGGGCCAUAAAAAGCUGUUGGAGCAUGAAUUGGAAGGUUUCGGCAUUCGGCUAAACAAGAAGCCGCCAAACAUUUACUACAAACGGAAGGACAAGGGCGGCAUCAAUCUCAAUUCAAUGGUUACUCAAUCGGAGCUGGACACGGAUCUGGUUAAGACGAUUCUCUCGGAAUACAAGAUACACAAUGCUGAUAUUACGCUUCGUUACGAUGCUACCAGCGACGACCUGAUCGAUGUCAUUGAGGGAAAUCGCAUUUAUAUACCCUGUAUCUAUUUGCUGAACAAGAUCGACCAGAUCUCCAUUGAAGAAUUGGACGUCAUAUACAAGAUUCCCCAUUGUGUACCCAUUUCGGCGCAUCACCACUGGAACUUUGACGACUUGCUCGAAUUGAUGUGGGAAUAUCUGAGGCUGAUUCGGAUUUACACCAAGCCCAAAGGACAGUUGCCAGACUACAAUUCGCCCGUGGUUUUGCACAACGAGCGGACCAGCAUCGAAGACUUUUGCAAUAAGCUGCAUCGCACCAUAGUCAAGGAGUUCAAAUAUGCGCUCGUUUGGGGCUCUUCGGUCAAGCACCAGCCGCAAAAGGUGGGAAUUGAGCACGUACUGAACGACGAGGAUGUGGUGCAGAUUGUGAAAAAGGUUUAAAGCUUCGUGUUUGUUACAUUUUGAUUAUGUUUGAUUGCAGUUUUGCAUUUGAAAAUAAAAAACGAAUACGCUGUAA